AUGCCCAAGCCCGGCGCCGACGGCAGCUGUCACGCGUACGCUGUCCAGCAGAACGACUCGGGCGUCGUCAUCGCCGAGGCCAACAGCCUCACGGUCGCCAAGCUGAUGGAGUUCAAACAGCAGACCUGGGGCUGGAACGGCUGCAAGGUGCUCUGGAUCGGGACUAGUAUCUGCCUGAGCACGGGAAGUCCUCCGAUGCCAGGACCCGUCGAGAAUGCCAUGUGCGGUUCUACAGUUCCCGGCACUCAGAAACCGACGGGCAACACUAACCUCGCAGAUCUUACUCUUGUCCGCUCAAGACCAGCUGCAACAACUGAGGCCGAUGCGGAACGACGGAGGACUCUUGUGUGGCGUCCAAGUCCGAGACUGGCGCCCCUGGAACAGCUGCUCCCGGCAGUCAUGGUUUACUGCAAACAAGGCAUCUCCAACUGUGGCAUGCACAUCGUCAAGGGCUCGCCCCCCGCAAGCACCAUCCGCGUCGCCUACUUCAGUGCCUGGAACCACAAUCGGCCGUGCCUGUGGAUGAACGUGGACCAGAUCGACACGUCCCGGUACACGCGCAUCCAUUUCGUCUUCGCCGACCUCACCCCGGACUUCCGCGUCGUCGUGAGCAAGGUGCAGGACCAGUUCGACCGGUUCAAGGCCGUGAGGGGCGUCAAGCAGAUCAUCUCGUUUGGUGGAUGGGACUUUAGCACGAAGCCCGCCACCUACCAGAUCCUCCGCAACGCCGUCAGAUACGAGAACCGUCAGAGGUUCAAGCAAAACGUCGUUGAGUUUGUCAACUCCCACGGUCUGGACGGCGUGGACCUCGACUGGGAGUACCCUGGUGAACCCGAUAUCCCUGGAAUCACCGCCGGCAACCCUAAAGAAGGCCUCGACUACUUCACGUUCCUCUUCGAGACGAGACGAACACUGGACUCCUCCAAGUCGGUGUCGUUUGCCGCGCCGGCGUCGUACUGGUACCUCAAGGCCUUCCCCAUCGAGAUUAUGGGCGCCUGGCUGGACUACAUCAUCCACAUGACGUACGACUUGCACGGUCAGUGGGACUACGGCAACAAGUGGACGUCGUCCGGCUACCCGGGCGGCGACUGCCUGCGGUCGCACAUCAACAUGACCGAGACGGUCAACGCCCUCUCGAUGAUUACCAAGGCCGGCGUGCCCUCCAACAAGGUCGUCGUCGGGGUCACCAGCUACGGCCGCUCGUUCCGCAUGACCGACCCCGGAUGUACGGGCCCGUCCUGCACUUUUGCCGGCACGUCGGCCGAGUCGCCGGCCCGAAAAGGACACUGCACCGACACCGCCGGGUACAUCUCAAACGCCAAGAUCAACGAGAUCAUCGCGGCCGGCGGCAACGUUAGGACUUACAUGGAGGCCGGGUCGGACAUAUUCAUUUACGACGACUACGAGUGGGUCGCCCACAUGGACGACGUCACCAAACUCGGCCGCGAGAACGCGUACAAGGCGUUCAACUUCGCCGGCACGACAGACUGGGCGGUCGACCUCCAGCGGUUCCUCUACGACGAGUCGUCCGACAGCCAGUUCCCCCCGAGCAUCGAGACGCUCCCCUGCAACCGGGAGUACAAGUCCCUCGACGCCAUCGUCGCCGACAAGGACAGAACCCCCUCGUACUGCGCUGACCAGUACACCCUCACCGUGCUCGAGCGGACGCUCGGCGGGGCGCUCGACGAGUACGACAGCAUCAUGAGAACGGACUACGACAGCAAGUACAACUCCUUUGCCCGCGCCAUCAAGCAGACGUGGGACGCCAACCUGGUCGAGUUCUAUCAGCUCCACACAGACGAGUACUACAGCUGCCUCAUGCAGCGCUUCGACAACGGCAACUGGCGCAACGAGUCCAUCGCCUGCCCGCCCAAGCACAGCUCGGGCUACGCCUUCAGCAUCUACCUGAUCCCCAAGGACGAGGAUCGGCUGUACGCCUUCAUCGAGGACAAGUACCACAUCGCCCGCGAGUGGAUCGCCGGCUCCAUCGUGCAGUUCGCCCCCUGCAUCCCGCCCCAGGAGUGCGACAAGUACGGCAAGCUCAUCGGCGCCCCCGCGCUGCGGCCGGGCUUCCAGAUACCGAACCCCAAGGACUCGAUCGAGGAGUCGCUCGGCAACCUCCGCGAGCUCGCGGGCUUCAUCUCGCUGACGGCGGCCGAGGUCGACGCCGGCCUGUUCCUCGAGCCGACGACGGCCGACGCCGUGGACGCGACGGCGAUGCCUGUGCUGAUGGUGCGGGCCGCCGUCGAGACGAUGAAGAGCAUCUACGAGAUGGGCGAGAAGAUCCAGCAGAAGGAGCGCGAGAAUAUCAUCCUGCUGGCUCUCACGGCGAUCCUCUUCAUCAUCCCGGGGCUGGGCCAGGCGGCGAGCGCCGUCACCGGCCUGGCCGCCUUCGCGCGCAUCGCUGUCGUCAUCGCCCAGCUCGGGGGCGCCGCCCUCGGCGCCUACGACAUCGCGCAGAACCCGGACAGCGCGUCGAUGGGCGUCUUCGGCAUCCUGCUCGGCGGCCUGGCUAUCCGCGGCGCCUUCAAGGGCUUCGUGUCGGAGGCGGCCACUGUCCGGCGGGGCAUGCCGGCGAGGCAGAUCGAAGGGCUGGGACCGGUGGUCAAGGAGGGCCCGGACAAGAUUGGAUUCGUCGUCACAUGA